AUGGCUUACGAAAUGAACAGUCUGUUCUCAGCGAAUCAGGCAAUCGGGCCACAGCAACAACAACCUCAGUCUAUCUGGUCUAUGCAACAGUUCCCUCCGAUUGCAGGUUCACUAGGCCGACAGUAAUGUGACAUUUAACGUUAUUGCAGCCUCAGAUACCUUUGGAAGUAAUGUCCCAUUCAUGCCGGCUCUCGGCAUGUUGAAUCAAUACCAAAAUUCUCACAAUAUUCAGCUUGUGCCUCCACAGCCACUUGUUGGGGCUGUGCAGGUACAUCCAGGAUUGGCAGACGCCCAGAAAGCCGAUACUAUUCAAGGCUUCGGAGUUUUGACAUGGUUAUCUGCCAAGGCUGGGCUCAUCACCUGUAAAGAUCAGAUGGUGAUCUCCUUCCAAAUCAAGGACUUCUGUGAUCAAGUAUAGAUCCCUGGUCAUAUUCUGGCGGUAUAUAAGUGUAUUACAGAUGUUGAAUGACUUGACUUCUGUUCUGCGUGUUGGAUUCACACUUUCGUUUCAUGCAGCGCUCAACGAAACAAGCGAAUACACUGCGACAAUCGUUCAACCAAUAUACGGCCCGGAAGCUGACCAUUUUUUUGCCAACGCUCCUGAAGUGGAUCUGGAAGCCGCAAGCCCCACACCACCAAACGCCAAAGACGCUUAUUCUCCAGUUCUUGAAGCAAAAGCUAUUCCGGCCCUCAUGGCCAUUUUCCAACGUCACGGUUUGCAACAAAUUCAACUCAGCAGGUGAGAAACUGGGGAAGUGCUUUGAGAUCUUUGAUUUUAUAAAACAAGAAUGAAAUGUCUGCGGAAUUGAAAAGCUUUUCCUGAUGUUAUUGAACAUACUCAAAAUAAACUUCAGGAGUUUCAGCCUUCACUCGCAGAUGUCUAACUGUGGAGAUGAUGAGCUGUUUCGCUAUGUUGGCACGUCUUCGCUGAAACGCCGUCAAUUCGUGGAACGCAGAACUCAUCUGUUUCGUCUUCAGAAUGAUGAUUCCAUUAUUCUACAGGUUUUGUCAAAGAUAAAACUGUCUAAUCAUUUUUAUUUGUUCACAGAAUCCUGCUGUGUACCAGGCAGUUUACCUCUUGGCUUCGUUCUUGCUUCGUCGCGGAGGAGCAACUUCUAUCCAGUCACUAUUUGAUUAUUAUAUGGGUGCAGAACUUGCACAAGAAGUUCGCGAUCAUAAUGGAGACAGCCGUCAAGAUUUCUUGAAUCUAUUAACUGCUCACAACUGGGUUUUCGCACUGUUUCCCAACCGCACGUAUGUAUCAGUACGGAGAAAUCUGCCAAACUACGACUACGUUGCCUUUAUCAAACAGCAUUUUCCGGAGCUAGAUGUGAAUCGCCGUCAAAUGUCAUAUGGACAGCCUCGUGGAAUUCAAAGAACCAUGUCUGUUCAGAUGGGUGGUAGCUUUGCUUCAUCCGGAAGGCCACAAAGUCUGCUAAUGCAGCAAUCCCAUCAGUUGACGAGCGCAAGCCGUCCAGUGGCACCCUGGGAUUCGCAAACUUCCUUGUCACAAAGUGGAACGAGCAGUGAUCAGUGGACCAGUCCACUAUUCUCUCCAAACACUUGGUCGAACACCCCUUCGGGCAACCGUCAGUCUAAUCUCGGACCGAUCAGUGGAAUUAGCUCUGUGCACGAAUCAUUGAUCGGGGGUGCUGAUCUGAACACUCUUCUGUUUCCCAUAUCAAAAAAUAUGGCAAGUAUAGGGAUACAGGCAGACGACAUGUACGGUCGUUUACCACUGAAUUACAUUGGCCGAUCUGGAUGCACAUGCCAGUGUACAUGUGGAAGAGGCGGUUCUGCCGUAAUCGGAACCGCACGUGGAUCAUCUUCACGUGCAUCUGGUGGCUCAGCAAGUCCGCCGAGUGUAGAGGGACAUUCUCAAGCUGAACGGCUUUCACCGCUUAACAGUCAGUCUUAUGUAAAAGUAAAAGGUCUAAAGUUUUUUUUCAGAUGCUGGAUCUAUUGGUGAUCGAGUUGUCACUUCUUCGGUUGGAUCUGACAGCAACCCAGUUGAUGGUUCGACGAGUGAAAGUCAACGUUAUUACGAUCCGUUUGGAACUACAGACUUGCUAACUGGAGGGCGAUUAAACUCUCUUCGCAUUGGUAACUAG